CGCCCCCGCCCACCCCCACGCCCCCGCGCAUUCCCACGCUACCGUCACCCACCAAUACCGCCGCCGCUGGGUAUGCCAUUAGUUCCCAGAAGACCUCGAAUACCUCCAAAACCCACAAGACAUCAGCCACCGAAGGACUUUCAGUACCCACCAGACUCCGGCAGCAUCCAGGACAUCAUUAGUUACAUGAAUAAUAAGGAGCGUCAGGAUGGUAGAGUGCGACCACCUCCUGGUCUCACUAUCGGCAGCCAGGACCAUAUAGUUGGCCCCAACCCUUUUGGCAACACUAACAUCAAGGGAACAGGAAACAGAGACUUCAGAAAUACUCCACAGAGUAAUUUCAACAGUGGAAAGACUCAUUUCAUCACUGCUGUUAAUGAUUUCAGUGAUGAUGGGAAUAAUUUUAAUAGUGGAGGAAAUCAUUUUAUUGAAAGUUAUGGAGGUGGAGGUGGAGAUGGUACCGUUAUGAGUGGGGGCGGUGGCUUGGAUGGGUUUAACAAUGGAGGAGGCAAUAACUUUAAUGGGGGAAAUAAUAAUCACAAUGACAACCGUUUUAAUGGGGGCAACAGUUUCAAUAAUGGAGGCAACAACUAUAACAAUGGUGGUAACUUUAAUAGUGGUGGUAACAGCUACAGCAAUGGUGGUAACUUUAACAACGGUGAUAACUCGAACAAUGGUGGUAACAGCUACAACAAUGGUGGUAACUUUAAUAGUGGUGGUAACAGCUACAGUGAUGGUGAUAACUCCUACAACAACGGUGGCAACAGCUUCAGUAAUGGUGGUAACUUUAAUAGUGGUGGUAACAGCUACAGCAAUGGUGGUAACUUCAAUAAUGAUGGUAAUAGCUACAGCGAUGGUGAUAACUCCUACAACAACGGUGGCAACAGCUUCAGCAAUGGAGGUUUCAACUUGUACAACAAUGGUGAAAGUAGCUCCAUCCCCCCAGUCAAGAACACUUAUGAUCCAGGUUCAAGCAGAUCCAAGGCCUUCAACAUCAUGCUGGAUGUGUACCCUAUGGAUGAUUCCUCAAGAACCUCAAACAAUAAGAGACCCUUCCAGACAAGCUUACACUUCCCAAAUUACAAGUCCAACAAUGAAUACAACAGUAAUAAUAAUAAUAAUGAUGGCUAUAACCACGGAGGAAGAUUUACUCCAGAAGAUGAAGCCAAUAAACAUGAAAUUAUCCUUCACCUCAACUUGUUUUCUAAGAUGCCGACUAUAAACAGAAGACAAGGGAUCUCAAGCUCGGAGGCUAUUGCAAGUGGUCGAACCGGUGCGGUAUCUCUGGAAAUUCCUCUCACAGGACAGCUGAGUCCUCUUGAUAUUUACAAGGCCGUCAUGAACAAGGCACGAACACACAAACCUCAGGCCCAAGUACAAGUCAUUCCAGGAAAGGAAAAGGAGGAUACUACUGACACUCAUGGCGAGGUAGAGAUUGAACUGUUUGACGUUGAAGAGGGCCCCAUGCUGCUCCAGGCCAUAGAACAAGGCCUGCGGGAGCUCAAUGUCAACUUGCCUCCCCAUCAGCGCUUUGUCUUUGACGAUGAAGUAACAUCUGUUAUAGAUCUCCAUAAUGCUGUCAAUGGGGGAAGCAACUCCUCCUCUCCAGGACGUAGACGACCUCCUGCAUCGCCCCCUUAUGAGUACAGCGACACAAACGACUACGAGUACUAUGAUUAUUAUGAUUAUGACGAUUAUGAUGAUGUGGGUUAUGGAGAAGCAGAGCCAGGGCAGACUGCCACAGACUCCCCCUCAACUACACCAACUUCUGACGAAAACUUUCCUGAGCAGCUGCCAACUCCCUGCUGGCACAAGACAGACGAGGAUAAUACUAACUAAAAAAUCAUUUUAAUUUUCAGUCAAAUUUUCUGUAUCUAUCCUCAUUUGCAGGUCUUGCUAACAGCUUCAUUAGAAGUUUUUAUGAGAUAGAUUCAAUGUUUCACACCCUUCUGCUCUCUUAAUAUGGGGAAUUAUUUGACAGAAAUGUUUUAUACAAUUCCCAAAUUGUAUGUUUGAGUGGGUCAAGCAUGUGUAGCUGUGCUGAGGGAGAGGUUACAAAUGAAAAUGUUAAAGUAAGCUAAUCUGAAAUAAGAGGGACUCACUUCUGCUGAUCAGUAAUUUUGUGGAAUAGAAUUUACAGUAAUAGUGUGAAAUAAUGAGUUUAAUUUUAAAAUACAAAAAAUAUGUUUUCCAAAUUCAACAUAUUUUGUAUUAAAAAAAAACCUCUAGGCAUUGUAACUUGGCAUGAAUUAUGAUAUUUUUGUACAAAAUAUGAUAGGAUUUUAUGAUAAGCGUUAUUUUUGGUCCUUAACAUAAGUGUAUUGACAGGAUAGGUAUCUGAUUCUGGAAGUGUAUUUUAUGUGUUAAAAGAAGCAGGUUAUUUUGAGUAACAGUGCCAGAAUGGGAUAAGAGCCAUUUUUUAAAAAGCAAGGAAAUCACAUCCAAAGUUGGGCUAUACAAAGGUCGCGUCGACAUAAUUCUAAUAAUGGAUUGUCAACCAUUAAUGCAGUGUCAUAAAGAGAUGUCCACCACAUAUACCUGAAAGGAGUGUCACGAUACAAAUGCAGGAAUUUGUUUUUCUUGCCGUAGAGUUCAGAUACCUUUACACUGGUUACUCACCCAGGAGAUUAUGGUGUAUCACUACGUAGAAUUUUACUUCACUUCCGGCAUUCAAUGUGUUGUAUAGUUGAUAAAUGAUGAUUGAAUGAAUUCCAUUAAUUUCCAACAUCCAUCUAAGUCAUUGAUUAUACUUUGUCAUAAUCAAUUAGUCGAUACUUUUAGUGAUCAUAAGAUAGGGAUCACAGAUAUGGGCAGGUAAUUGUACUUACAUUUAUUUGGCAAGGUUCCAUACACUGACUUACAAUUUGCUUGGGUAGGCGAGUCAUUCACAUUCACGCCACAAUACAGUAAUUUUAUAUGGGGGGAGUUUGUCAACCUGGAGAAUUAACCGUUUAGAUUUACUAGGCCGGCCUGGAGUGUUCUUGUAGCAAACAGGCCUUUACCAGUGAUCACUUUUCUUUGCUGGAUUUAUUAACUUAUUUCUCUAGACAUAACUAAAAUCUUGGGGUUUUUGCACACAUAGCCUCCUAGCACUGACAGUCUCUGGAUGGUGUCGUGAUAGGACUGUAUGACCCCCUGUUCUUAGUCUACGGAGCAGGAGGUCUUCACUAACCCAUGGUCUAGGGCCCACUGGGUAAAAUGUCGUUUGGGGGGGCAUGAGACGAAAAACAAUGCAACAAUUUCUGAUUUCUCCCCCCCCCCCAGACAAACAAACCC